CUAAAUCCUUGUCUGCAGGGUUACGAUUUUCAGCAUAACACCAGCAAACAGACAAGAAACAAGCAGGGUUGUGUUAAAUCUCCAGAGAGAAGACUACCGGAGAGCUGAAGGUUGGGGAUUUGGAAUCCCAACUGGUGUGUUGACAUCAGAAGACAUAUUCCCUGGAAUAUAAAGAAUAAAAAAGAAGAAUGUUUGAAGAUCUACAACUCCCCACUUCAGUCUCACUGUUUGGGGUUCUUGUUGCUCUGCUGGUUCUCCACCUACUUUACUCCAUCUUCAGCUCCAGUGACAGGAAGGAGCCUCCUGGACCCAGGUGUUUUCCUCUGUUUGGUAACCUGUUUCAGGUGGAUCUAAAAAACCUGGACCAAAGUCUGUUUGAUUUGUCCAAGAAAUAUGGACCAGUAUUCCAAGUGAACUUUGGACCAAAGAAGAUGGUGGUUCUGGCUGGGUACAGGACGGUCAAACAGGCUCUGGUCAACCACGCCGUUGAAUUUGGAAACAGGGAAAUCACUCCAGCUUUUAAUGAUUUAACCAAGAGACAUGGUAUUUUGUUUUCCAACGGAGACACAUGGAAAGAAAUGAGGCGUUUUGCUCUGACAACACUGAGAGACUUUGGGAUGGGCCGGAAGAUGAGUGAAGGGAUCAUUACUGAGGAAUGUCGCUACUUAAUUGAAGAAUUCGAACAACUUGAAGGUAAACCCUUCAGCAACACCAAGGCUAUUAAUUAUGCAACGGCAAAUGUGAUCUCAACUUUAAUGUUUGCAAAAAGAUUUGAUUAUAAUGAUCCAGCUUUCCAAGCAAUGGUGCAACGAGAAAAUGACAUAAUCCUUCUGACCGGAUCGGCUUCUGUCUGGAUUUACAACUUUUUCCCUUGGCUGGGCCCUUUCCUUAAAAACUGGAGAGAGUUGAUAAAGAAUGUGGAGAGCAACAUGGCAGAGGCCAGAAAGUUGAUAGCAGACCUGAAGGAGACUCUGGACCCGGAGAAGUGCCGAUGCUUCGUUGAUGCUUUUCUGAUCCGAAAGAAACAACUGGAGGAUUCAGAAAUCCAAAACUUGCAUUAUCACGAUGAGAACCUGCUGUACAGUGUGACCAAUUUACUGGAAGCUGGAAACGACACCACAGCAAACACAGUGAAAUGGAGUCUCCUUUACAUGGCCAAAAACCCUCACAUACAAGAUCGGGUCCAGGAGGAGCUGAGCAGGGUGGUUGGAAGCCGGCAGGUUCAGAUGGAGGACAGGAAGAGCUUGCCGUACACUGAUGCUGUCAUCCAUGAAACACACAGACUUUCAAACAUCUUUCCCAUCGCUCUUCCUCAUGCAACCAGCAAAGAUGUCACUUUCCAAGGCUACUCCAUCAAAAAGGGAACCACAGUUAUUCCACUGCUAACGUCGGUCCUGUACGAUGAGAGCGAAUGGGAGAGCCCUCACACUUUUAACCCUUCUCGUUUCCUGGAUAAGGAUGGUAAAUUCACCAAGAGAGACGCCCUGCUGACUUUCUCUGCAGGUCGCAGGAUGUGCCUUGGAGAGAGUCUGGCCAGAAUGGAGGUCUUCAUCUUUUUCACGUCUCUUUUCCAACACUUUCGUUUCACUCCUCCACCUGGAGUUUCUGAAGAUGGAUUGGAUCUAACCCCCAUCGUGGGCUUCACCCGCUCCCCUAAGCCUCAGAAGCUGUGUGCCGUCCGUCGCUAGUGAACAUCUGAAGCAUCUCCUUUGUGUGAUUCUGAACUAUUUGGAAAGUGUUAGGCCACACACACACACACACACACACACACACACACACACACACACACGUGAAUACUUUGAUAUAUUUUUAUUAACCAUUUUAAACGGUAGUCUUUGUUUAUUGCAGAAAUAAAUUAGCAUAAAAAGAAAACUGUA